GUCACAUGACCUGGGACCCAGGAAGUGAAUGGUCGCUAGCGCCCAGCGCUUGUUUUUAGUAGUUCCCUGGACAGCUGCAGAAAUUUGUUCCCCUGGUAAAGUACCGGUACAGUUUUUGGCGGUUGACUACACACACUCUUCAAGCUUCAGUCUUAGCCUGUAAAAUCCCGAUUUUGUUCUGCGUCUCCCUGCACACCAAUUCGCUACAAUUGCGGCUUUAGUAGGAUCCAGGAUGGCCGACGACGACGAUGACCCCGCGUUCGAGGAGGAUGUCGAGGAAGGAGGCAGCGGGGCAGAGGGGGGUCAUGGGAGAAGGAAAAGGCUCUUCUCCAAAGAACUUCGAUGCAUGAUGUAUGGAUUCGGGGACGAUCAGAACCCCUACACCGAGUCUGUGGACAUUCUGGAGGAUCUUGUGAUAGAGUUCAUCACAGAAAUGACGCACAAAGCCAUGUCUAUUGGGCGACAAGGUCGAGUUCAAGUUGAAGAUAUUGUGUUUCUCAUCAGGAAAGAUCCUAGAAAGUUUGCGAGGGUCAAGGAUCUGCUGACUAUGAAUGAAGAGUUGAAAAGAGCCCGAAAGGCCUUUGAUGAGGCUAAUUAUGGAUCUUAGUUUCCAAAACCAAAUCUCUAGGGCCUAUUUUUUACUGAACUGUUAAAUUUUAUGGAUUUUGUUUGUGCUUGACACUAGAAUUUGUAUUGAAAGUUCCGUGUGUUGUAGAAAUGUGUACAUGUCUGAAAUGUAACAUUUAAAUUCUCUCAAAAGUUAAAUAUUUUGCAACAGCCAUGUUUAUGUUGUUUUUCUGUAGAUAAUAAAGUUGCUUCGCACUUUCCCUACAUUUGGCAACCGACA